GGUACAAACGCGGGUUGCAUGCGGACAAUAAAGAGACAUGCUGACGAGACGCGAGACACUUUGGCAAAUUGAAAUCCACACAUAGAGAAAGAGAGCGCGCGCAAGAGAGGGAGUAGAGAGAGGGAAGAGAGAGGAGGGGGGACUGCAGAACAUACAGGGUCUGGAUGAAUAACCAUGGCAACAGCAGCAGCAGCAGGAGAAGCGGCGAUAUAAACAUUGAGAGACGCGCAUCCAUCCACAAACAGCGACUCAUUGAGUAAAGGCUGGAUCCCGAACCCUGUGCGGAUAUUACACCACAUCACUGCUAAGGUGAUGAGUGGAAUUAUAUCAUGUCUGAAGUACAGGGAACACUGGAGUUUUCUCUUGAGUUGCACAAGUUUCACAAUGUGGAUCUCUUUCAAAGGGGUUUCUAUCAGAUACGAGCAGGGUUGAAGGUCUCGCCUCGUGUUCCCCAUAGAUUGAUGGUGACAACACACGACAACACAGGAGAGUGCAACUUCAACUCGGCUGGGAUUUACGACGGCACCGUUUUCAGCCGGAUAUUUCAGAUCCUUUACAGAAAUGAGGAGAUCGUUGUAAAUGACUGUAUGAUCUUCAAAGUCCACCUGCUACUGGAUGGAGAAAAGGUGGAGGAAGCUUUGAGCGAGGUGGACUUUCAGUUGAAGCUGGAUCUUCAUUUCACUGACAAUGAGCAGCAGCUGGCAGAAAUAAUGACAGUUCCCUUGAUCAGCAGUCGGACCCUCAACCUCCACUUCCAUCCGCGAAGAGGCCUCCACCACCACGUCCCUGUCAUGUUUGACUACUUUCACCUUUCCGUCAUUUCUGUGUCCAUUCAUGCCUCACUGGUUGCCUUACAUCAGCCACUGAUCAGCUUUGCACGUACAGGGAAGGGCUCCUGGCUGGGGAAAGGCUCACCAGAGAGCACAAGUGACCCAUCUGCUGUGUCCGUAGAGAAUCUCAUGUUUGGAGCUGGUUACUGCAAGCCUGUCAUUUCUGAGGGAAGUUUUUAUGUGCCCAGUGAAAACUGCCUGCAGAGAGCUCAUACGUGGCACCGCCGGCUCUGUCGCCUCCUGCUGGUGGCACACAAAGGCCUGCACAACUACUGCACCGCACUGAUGAAGGAAAUCCCACAGCUCCAGCAGAUUCCACUAGAAUCAGAGUUGCUACCUGUAGAGGAAACUCUGAAUCAGCUGUCAAUAGAGUUACAGCUGCAGGAAGGUCAUGAGAAGGUAGCAGAGCAGAUCAGCAGGCACAUGACCCAGCUCUGCUCUCAGCUGGCUGUCCUGUGGAGUCACUUCCUGGAGGCUGCUGUGCUCAACCCUUGCAUCCUAUCCUAUCUGGCCCAGGAGCACCACACGCUCAGGGUCAGAAGGUUCUCAGAGGCAUACUUCUUCACCGAGCACUCCAAAGAGGCAUCGCUGACAUUUCAAGAGGAACUUAUCAACAGACAUGGCCAGAUAGCUUCAGAAGUACGGAGCUCAGACUACUUGACCAAGUUGCCUCCUUUACCUGUUGAGUGCCUGGACAUCGAUGGAGACUGGAACAGCCUGCCUAUCAUCUUUGAGGACAGAUAUGUUGAGUCUCCACAAACAGAGAGAGCAUCACAUGUGCCAAUACUUGAAACCAAUGACGAGCAAACCAGCUCAGAUGUCACCAUCACUCCUGCCAAAAAGUUUCACGACAGCAGCCAGGAAGCCAAAUCACCAGCAAUACCCCAGGUUUCCUUGGAUAGUAAAUGCAUGGACCUGUCCACAUAUGUUUCUUUCAUGGCAGAUGAGAGUAAUCUCAACAACAUUGAAGCCCAGAUCCUAAACCAGGCUGGGCACUAUGCUGAGCUCUCUCUGAAAGAGACAGAGAACAUGAAGGAACCGGCUGUAAACGAAGGGAGUUGUAGUCCUGGCCAUAAAUGUGUUUCUGUAAAGCCUUGUGAUGUGGAACCACAUGGAGGAGAGGUAGGCUUGGUUCUCUCUUCAAACAACAAUCUCUUCAUUGAUUCUGCUUAUAUUGGUGAUGAGUCCUCUACACAAAAUGGAAGAGAAAAUAUCCAACCUUGUGAUUCUACUAACAACAGCAUAGAAGGAGAAACUGAAAACAAUAAAGAGGAGUCUGACAUUGCCAUGCCUUUAAAUCAUUCCAUGGAUGAUGAAGGUGAAGAUAUUUCUCUCAACAGCCUACUUACUGUCCAUAUGCAUCCAGUAAUACCACCGUUUCUGGGUGACCUCAGAAAAGAGGCUCAUCGUGGAGGCUUGGUCAGCUCUAAGAUCAUGAAGCGCUCGUCUUCUGUUAUCUCUGAUUCAGGUAUUGAGAGUGAGCCCAGCUCAGUGGCAUGGCCUGUGGAGGCUGUGUUGCAUGGCCGACCUUCUCUGGAUUUUUGUAGUGAACGGGAGAUCCCAAAUCAAAUUGUGUGUCACCACCCAGUCCAUCGUAGCUGUCUGGAAGGCUUGCAAAUGGAGAGCAAUGGCAGCCUUCCAAGUGGAGGUAUACAGGCAUCGCUUACCUCUAUUAGCUCCCUGCCCUACGAGGAGGACCAGCAGCAGAGGCAGCUCAGCAAACUCACCAAGUCAGUCUCUGCACCACAGAUAAGCAGUCCAGAGGACACAGAGGAGGAUCAUGUGCUACUCAACCAGGAGACAGACAGAAGGCACUUGGUGCGACAGCAGGAUUCUUGCAGGAUUAACUGUUCUUUGAACAGCAACCUGGAUUCCAAGCAGUUAGAAGGAUCUCAGUUUGAUAUAAAUCUUGACCAUGUUCUCAAAGAUAACAUAAGUUUUGAAAAGUCAAACUCUUUGAUGUACCCAUCAGAGCCAUCCAGAAUCAAGACAGUGCAAAGUGGUGUGUCUGAAGUGUUGCUUUUACAGGACACUACAGAAAGCAGUCAUAUGAAUGAAUGUGCAGUUAUUGGCAGCCAAAGGGAGGAAAAGAACCAUCAAACAGACAUGAGUGGAGUGAACGCCACAGUGGAGGAAGUGCAGUUCAUCGAAUCAGAAGUGCUGCCCUGCAGCUGUGGAAACAAACCAUGUGUGCAUAAAAGUGCAGCGGAGCAGGAGGGCAUUAGCACUGGAGAUGAGUGCCAAAGUGUCCAUCAGAUCAAGCAGCUAAGUGUCAAGGACCAGUCAUGUCUUGAUGCCUCGCAGACACCCCUAAAACAUUCACAGUCCAAUGAUCUCAUAAACAGCACCACCACACAGAGGCCAAAUGACCUCAAAGGGCUGCCAGCCAUGGAUUUAUCAUCAUCUGGUAACCAUAGUGGAACAUCAGCCAGCGAGAAAGAGCCUUUAGAUUGCCAGAAUAAAUCCUCUAAGAUUCCUAACUCAGGACUAGCCUUCAUGAAUAAGAAGAUGGUGGAGGUGGUUAAUAUGUCAGUAUCAUGUGCCCCAACUUGUCUGCCAUUUUCAUCUGUCCUGAGAGACUCUCCCUCCAUCAGUGGAAUAUCCGUUCGCCAAGCUACCUCACCCAUCACUAAUCAGCCCCUGGGUUCCUUUGGUAUCAUCUCCGCCUCUUCGCUCAGUCCCCUCAACAUGGAUGAUGAAACCAAUGAAAGGAUGCUAAAUUUCUACAAAGCCAAAGAGGAGCUGUUCAAAGAGUUGAGUUUCCAGGCCAGCUUGUACAGUGACCUUCCUCUGCUGGCAUCAGAUCUGCCCUACUUCCCCCCUGAGGAGGAUGAUGAGGAGUUUGAUGAUGGCAUACACCUUGUAGUGUGUGUCCACGGGCUUGAUGGAAACAGCGCAGACCUUCGGCUGGUGAAGACGUUUAUCGAGCUGGGAUUGCCAGGAUCCAGGCUUGACUUCCUAAUGUCUGAGAGGAACCAGGCUGACACGUUUGCAGACUUUGACACCAUGACGGACAGGCUCCUGGAUGAGAUCAUCCAGCAUAUUCAGCUUUACAAUCUCACCAUAGGCAGAAUAAGCUUCAUCGGCCACUCUCUGGGGAACAUCAUAAUCCGAUCUGUGCUGACGAGACCUCGCUUCCGCUGCUAUCUGCCCAAACUGCACACUUUCCUCUCGCUGUCAGGCCCACACUUGGGAACGCUGUACAACAACAGUGCAUUGGUCAGCACAGGUCUGUGGUUAAUGCAGAAGCUGAAAAAGUCAGGAUCCCUGCUGCAACUCACCUUCAGAGAUCACGUCGAUCCACGGAAAACAUUCCUCUAUCUCCUGAGUCAGAAACCCGGACUGCAGUUCUUCAAGAAUGUGGUGUUGGUUGCGUCUCCGCAGGACCGAUACGUUCCCUUCCACUCUGCCAGAAUAGAGAUGUGCAAAACUGCUCUAAAAGACAGAACCACAGGAUCUGUGUACACCGAGAUGAUCAACAACCUCCUGCAGCCACUUGUUGAGGCUAAAGAGUGCCAGCUGAUCCGGCAGAACGUGUUCCACGCUUUGCCCAACACGGCCAACACCCUGAUCGGCCGUGCUGCCCACAUCGCAGUCUUGGAUUCUGAGCUCUUCCUGGAGAAGUUCUUCUUAGUAACAGGGCUCAACUACUUCAAAUAAAGGUGCUAGCACUGCAGGUUGACUGGACGGUGUCUGAACUUGGAAGUUAAAGACCUCAUUGAUACACUGUACAGUCCAUGAAAUGUAUAUAACCCCCCCGGUCAGAGGUCAGACCUGCCUGUCCCACGUGUUAGCAGCUUGUAUUGAAGGAUUUAGUGUGAUAUGACUGUUUAAACUAAACUCUGAAGUCUGAGUUUGACGUGUAGCCAUGCAAGACAAAACAGCCGAUGUCGCUGACAGGAUAAAUGGUAGAUGUUUUGUCAGCCUUAUUAAUCAAUUCUCAGCCAGAACACUAAUGAAUGCUUAAUAUGGUCCAAAGCAUUUACUUACUUUCCCUUUAGAGCCUUCAGUGUCACUGGUUGAUCAAAUUCUCUUUUAAGGGUUACACUGAUGAUAGUCUUACACUUUAGAACCAAGGCAAUAGAUUGUUCAGCAUUUAUCGCCUUGAUUGUAUAUUAAGUUAUUUGUUGUACAAAACAUACCUGGUCCUUUAUACAAAAAACAAAUAUAUUGUUUAAAAUGAAUUAUUUUUAUGUAUCUACAGUGUAAGUAUUUUAUCUAAAUCUAAAUGUGAACUUCUGUGUCUAUUGUCAAAUUCGUUUAAUGAAAAUCAAAGUUCUCCAAAGCAAACAGAGGUGUGACCCCAACUGAAGUCUACAGUUUAGUAAAAUGUACUUAUUUAAUACAUUAACCUAUGUUCAACUGUCAGAUCAACCAAACUUAUCGUCCCUGACAGGCUAAAAAAUCUAACUUCAUUAGAAAUAUGUAUUAUAUUAUCUUUGAUUAACAAUCAGCUACAGUAUGUUAGCAUGAGCUGUUGCUCUGACUAAUUAGUUUUCCAGUUGCCAAACCUGUCAACCAAGACCCAGUUUUCAAGAGGGAGUACUGGCAACUUCUUGCUCAUCGAAGAUGAGAUGCUUUAUUCACAAAAUAGAAAUGAAAAAAGAAGCUAAAGCCAGCUAUUUUUUUU